AUGAAUCAUGAAAGUCGAAUGUUAAUAAUCACAUCAAAUCAAGAUCUUAUUAAUGAAUUAUCUUCGAAGAAAACACCUGAUACUCGUGUAAUUCAUUUAAAUAACAAUAACAAUUUUCUUGAUUUUACUUUUGCUCAACUUACUGAACUUAAUUCGAAAAAUGAUCAAAUGUACAAACGAGUUCUUGAUUCUCCUCAAACAAGUCGAUCAAAAAUAGCGAAAAUUUGUAAAAAAUCACCAGAUCUUGUUUGUGUCAUCUGUGGAGAUCAUGCAAUUGGUUUUAAUUAUGAUCUUCUUACAUGUGCUUCAUGUAAAGCUUUUUUUCGUCGCAAUGCACAAUAUCAACCAAAUAAACUUCGUUGUUUAACUGGAGAAAAUCAUUGUUCAGUUAAUUUUAAAUCUGCUCGACGUUGUCAACGUUGUCGAUUAGAAAAAUCUCAUCACAUCGUCAAAAUUGUUUAUUAUAACACAUGUGUUUUUUCAUCUUCAUCCGAUUAUCAAAAAUUAUCAUCAAAUAAAAGUCUUGGUCAAUUAAUAUUCUUUCUUGGUUUAAGUUUAAUUGCAAUAACAGGUGUUGAUUUAAGUAGUAUGUCUUAUACAAUAGUAACAAGUGAACAAUCGAUUUGGCCAAGUUCAGGACGAGGAAUUUGGAUUGGUUUAUUUGUAAUGGCAGUUGGAGCAUUUACAAUUAUUGCUGUACGUGAACAAACUCAUGGUGCUUUUUAUGUUUUACUUCCUUAUGCAAUUGUUGCAAUGAUUUUUUGUUUAUUUGGUUUAUUAACAUCAAUAUCUGUUCUUGAUCGUUAUUUAAAAGAUCCAGAAUUAUCUCAAAAAGAAAAUCGAAAUAAAAAACAAGGAAUUCAAUUUGCACUUGCAGGUUUAUUCAUUGGACUUUUUGGUUUAACAUUUCUUUUUUUAUCAUGUCUUUCAUGUAUGAUUUGUUGGACAAUACCAAAUCUUUGUACAAAAUAUCAAGGAAAAGAUCCCGAACCAAUUUCACAAAUACGAUCUUCAUCUCCAAUGAUUUAUCCUUUGACACCAUUAGGAACACCUCGACAAAGAUUAAUUCCAAAUAGUCCAAGAUUUUCUUCUCCAAGACAAUAUCAAGUGUAA